AUGGAUCCCAUCUCAGCUCUCGGGGCCGCCAGUGCCGUGAUUGGGAUUGUGGGUUUCGCGAUCCAGCUCUGCGAGGUGCUCCACAAAGUCAGCGGCGAGAUCAAGGGCGCCCACGACAGCCUGGUAGCUGCUGUGGCAAUCAUCGAGUCCACGGCUGAGUCCCUGAGGCUUAUACAUCAGUACCUGGAUGUGGAGAGCCAGAACCAGCAGUCGGGCCAACAAGGUGGGCUGUUCUCGAAAGACGCGCUCAUCUUUGUCAAAAACAACGCCGACAGGUGCUUGCUCGUCUUCUGGAGGAUCGAGGCUACCGUGCUGGACAAGUCCGACAAAAACCUGGAAGGGAUAUUGCGCGUCAGGCUUGCAGAGUUCGAUUCCAAAGCCAGAGCCCACCCGGGUGACCUCAAGCUCAGUCCGGAGCCUGUGCCUCAAUCGCUCUCCUUUCUGGGGCGUCUUCGCUGGCCUCUGGUAGCACCCAAAUUGGACGAGUUCCGGAGCCAGCUUCAAUUCCACCAGCAGUGUCUGUCGCUAGUCUUCAUGGUCAUUUCUCUCGGCGAAGGCCAACCCGACGUCUAA